AAAAGGCACUCAAUCCAAGAAUGUCGUCUCGCCUGAUUCAAAGCUCACAGAGCACAUAAAGGCUGAACCGGAGCCUGCUAUUGUGUCCCAAACGGCCAUCGAAAAGGACAUCGGAAUUGGUUGGCGUAUGACUACCCCGUUUCCCAACACACCCUCUACUGGUAACCUCCCUGCCUUCAUACAGCCUCUCUCUCCACGAAUAGCUGGAGAAGACAUCACCUAUCUCUACGACAAAGGAGCUUUGACUCUUCCUCCCCUCCCACUACGGAAUGCCCUCCUUCAUGCCUACACCAACUACGUCCACCCUUACAUGCCACUGUUGGACAUGCACAAUUUCAUAGCAGUCAUCAAUGCUUGCGACCAGAAUUUUGGCCAGACGAGCCUCUUGUUGUUCCAAGCUGUAAUGUUCACCGCCGCAGCGUUUGUCGAUGUCGACCAUCUCUACAACGCUGGCUACUCAGACAGGAAGUCUGCGAGACAAGCUCUCUUUCAGAAGACAAAGCUACUCUACGAGUUUGACUCCGAAUCAGACCGCCUCGUCGUGGUCCAGAGCCUCCUGCUGAUGACAUAUUGGCAAAAAGGACUCGACGACAGCAAGGACAUGUGGCAUUGGGCAGGAAUCGCCAUUUCUGUGGCUCAAACCAUUGGAUUGCACCGAGAUCCCUCUACUUUGGGAGAGUAUCCUCGCCAACAGAAAUUAAGACGACGGAUAUGGUGGUGCUGCGUCAUGCGCGACCACUUGAUUGCCUUGGGAAUGCGCCAGCCAAGUCGGAUCCAAGCUCAAGAAUGCGAAGUUCCGAUGCUCCAGCUAUCCGAUUUCGAUAUUGAGCUGUUGCCAAACGAUAUCACUAUUCUUCCAGCUGAAGGUGUUUGUCUGCGAGACAUCGCUGUACAGCAAGAGUUGGCGGCCCUUUGCAUCGCCAAGGCCAAGCUCUGUAUCUGCAUUGGCAGCAUGCUCGCGGCUCAGUAUCCCCCUGUUGUACGACAUAAGGAAAUGGGCCAAAAUACCGUCGAGAGCACCAUGAAAUUGUGCCCUAAGACGGGGUUGGAGAACUCUGAGAGCGUAAUGAUGUUGGACACUCAGCUAUCCACUUGGGCGGAAUCUUUGUCCUCGGAAUGUCAGUACCAACCAUUGACGACCCUUGAUGCAACGAAUGGGAGAGAACCCAUCGCUCUUCACCGCACGUUGCUGCACAUGCUAUACUACACGACAAUCUCAGCGCUACACAGGCCUAACCUACUUCUCCCUGAAACCCAUACAUCGACAGCACAAGGUCAAAUGCGGGAGCUAUCCCUACUACGAGUUCGAAUGGCAGCCCUGAAUGUGACCAAAAUGGCCACCGAGCUUCAUGAGCUUCGCCUCGACAAAUAUCUCCCAACCACCGGAGUCACCGUGAUGCUCUUUGCCAUGGUCGUCAACGUUCAAGAUAUGAAGAACUUGACCGAGGAUUUGCGCGACAAUGGCAAGCGCUGCUUCUACGAAUGCAUGCGGGUUCUAGAGAAGCUCCGAUACAUCUACGAUUCUGCCGAUUGGGCGACCGUCUUGCUAGAUACAGCGAUGCGCACGCUGGGCGUCCACAGCAAUCCUCUUCCGGUGUCAAUCCAGCAGGGCGUUACAGCAUCUAAAUCCUUCAACACCAGCCCAGCUGGUUCAUCAGGCUCAACUGAGGACAACAUCUUCACUGUCCCGCCAGCUUCAGACAAUGAACCCCUUUGGUUAAUCGAUCCAGCUGCUCAGGAUUUGACAGGAUCAGAGACCGGGAGCUUGGCUUAUAAUGCAGGAUGGACGAUGCCAGACCCUUGCGCGGACGGUCAACAGUUAUGCCCACAAGGCCUCGAGCACCCACAAGAUUUCGAGGAUAUCGAUUGGAGUGCUGUCUUGGAGGACAUGGUGGACACCAGCAAGGAUAUUGAGUUGCUGGAUGCCUUUAACCAGAUGUGUUAGAUAAGAGCAUAAUAUAAAG